AUGGCGUACCGCGGGGGGAACGGCGGGAACGAUUAUGAUGCCCAUGACGGCCACAACAUGCAGGACCUUCCUGCUGGCUCUGGCAGAUACCACAUCCCUCCCCAAGACGAAGGUGUCGACGAUGCCGGUCAGUCUCUUCUGAGAGACCCUCACGCCCCAGCUCCCUAUGAGAGCCACCUGGGACCUGCCGAGACUCCUGGCCGCCCGGUUUCCGCAUACUCUCUCACAGAAUCAUACGCUCCUGGCGCUGGCUCCCGGACACCAGUUCCCGGCGAAGCUGCCUUCUCCACUGGCUACCGCUCCGAGCUCGACUCCGAUAAUGGCGGCUUCGGAUAUGGCCGUCCCGCCUCGACUGUCGGCGAUGUCGAGGACAGCUGGGUCCGCAGACAGCAGCCCGGUGGCCCCGGUGGUGGUCUGAAGCGAUACGCGACCCGUAAGAUCAAGCUUACUCAGGGCUCCGUCCUGAGCAUUGACUACCCCGUCCCCAGUGCCAUCAAGAACGCUGUUCAGCCCAAGUAUCGCGAUGUCGAGGGCGGCAGCGAUGAGUUCCACAAGAUGCGCUACACCGCCGCUACUUGCGACCCUAACGACUUCACCCUCAAGAAUGGUUACGAUCUGCGUCCCAGAAUGUAUAACCGACACACUGAGCUGCUCAUUGCCGUCACCUACUACAACGAAGACAAGGUCCUCUUGUCGCGUACCCUCCACGGUGUCAUGCAGAACAUUCGCGACAUUGUGAACCUCAAGAAGUCUACGUUCUGGAACAAGGGCGGCCCCGCUUGGCAGAAAAUCGUCGUCGCCCUCGUUUUCGACGGUCUCGACAAGACUGACAAGAACGUGCUGGACGUCCUGGCCACCAUUGGUGUCUACCAGGAUGGUGUCGUGAAGAAGGAUGUCGACGGCAAGGAGACGGUGGCCCACAUCUUCGAGUACACCACCCAGCUGUCCGUCACCCCCAACCAACAGCUCAUCCGCCCGGUUGACGAUGGCCCAUCAACUCUCCCGCCUGUUCAGUUCAUUUUCUGUCUGAAGCAGAAGAAUACCAAGAAGAUCAACUCCCACAGAUGGCUUUUCAACGCCUUCGGUCGCAUCCUCAACCCCGAAGGCGGCAAGAAGCUGCUUAACCCCCUCGUGGCGGUCCAGAACUUCGAGUACAAGAUCUCCAACAUUCUGGACAAGCCCCUCGAGUCCUCUUUCGGAUACGUCUCUGUGUUGCCCGGUGCUUUCUCCGCCUACCGCUUCCGUGCGAUUAUGGGUCGCCCCUUGGAGCAGUACUUCCAUGGUGACCACACUCUUUCCAAGAUUCUCGGAAAGAAGGGUAUCGAUGGAAUGAACAUUUUCAAGAAGAACAUGUUCUUGGCCGAGGAUCGUAUUCUCUGCUUCGAACUGGUCGCCAAGGCUGGCCAGAAGUGGCAUCUGUCCUACAUCAAGGCUGCCAAGGGUGAGACUGAUGUUCCCGAGGGUGCUCCCGAGUUCAUCUCCCAGCGUCGUCGUUGGCUCAACGGUUCCUUCGCUGCCUCCCUCUACUCGCUCAUGCACUUCGGUCGCAUGUACAAGUCCGGCCACAACAUCAUCCGCAUGUUCUUCUUCCACGUCCAACUCAUCUACAACAUCCUCCAGGUCAUGUUCACAUGGUUCAGUUUGGGUUCCUACUACCUGACUACGACGGUUAUCAUGGAUCUCGUCGGCAACCCGGUCACUUCCGACGACGAGAGUCAGGUGCGCCACGGCUGGCCCUUUGGCGACACCGCGACACCCAUCUUCAACGCCCUGCUCAAGUACCUCUACCUCGCCUUCGUUAUCCUGCAGUUCAUCCUCGCUCUGGGUAACAGACCAAAGGGUUCUAAGUACACGUACAUUGCCUCGUUCAUUGUCUUCGGUCUUAUCCAGUCUUACAUCCUGAUUCUCUCGGCAUACCUGGUCGUGCAAGCGUUCCAGAAGCCCAUCAGCGAGCAGAUCAGCUUGGACUCUGGCGCAGACUUUGUUGCUAGUUUCUUCGGAGGUCAGAACGCUGCCGGUGUUAUUCUUGUCGCCUUGGUUACUAUCUACGGUCUUAACUUCAUCGCAUCCUUCAUGUACCUCGACCCCUGGCACAUGUUUACCUCGUUCCCUCACUACCUGGUGCUCAUGUCGACCUACAUCAACAUUCUCAUGGUCUACGCCUUCAACAACUGGCACGAUGUGUCCUGGGGUACCAAGGGUUCAGACAAGGCCGAGGCGCUUCCUUCAGCCCAGGUCAGCAAGGGCGAGAAGGACGAAGCCGUUGUGGAGGAAAUCGACAAGCCACAGGAGGAUAUUGACAGUCAGUUCGAAUCGACUGUCAAGCGUGCUCUGGAGCCAUUCAAGGAGGAAGAGGAAGUCGAGAAGCCCGAUGUCGAGGACUCGUACAAGUCUUUCCGUACUGGUCUGGUCGUUUCUUGGCUCUUCUCCAACACCUUCCUGAUCAUCAUCAUCACGAGUGAUAACUUCAACUCGUUCGGCAUUGGCAAAUCCGCGUCCGCUCGUACUGCCUCUUACUUCAGCUUCUUGCUGUACUCUACCGCUGUCCUCUCCCUGGUCCGUUUCUUCGGUUUCCUGUGGUUCUUGGGCAAGACCGGUAUCAUGUGCUGCUUCUCCAGACGGUGA